ACACACCAUCGCCCCUACAUGUAGUGUACGUAGCCGUCAGCACAGCGAAAACUCCUGUUUACAUUCCAGCGUUUUCUUUACAUUAUUAGAAUCAUAUAGAAUAGGUGGCAAAAUGGCGGAUGGUACUAUUGAGAUUCAGCUAAGAAGAUUUGAUACAAGUCAGCCAUGGGGGUUCAAGAUGCAAGGUGGUGUGGACACUGGCUGUCCAAUCCACGUGGCUCAGGUAAACCCCAAGAGCGUGUCUGGUCAAGCUGGUCUGCAGAACGGUGACCUCAUUGUAUGUAUAGGAAAUAUGGACGUAACCGGAUCUACUCAUCAAAAAGCACGUGACGAAAUGAUCCGUAGCGGAAAUGAAGUCGACCUUCAAGUGAGGAGAGGAGGCGUGGCAGUGAAAUCUGCACCUCCACCGGAACCGGAACCGGAAGAUGGAGGUUCUUACCGCGAUGUGCAACCCAAGACUUACCAAAUACUUGAGAAGGAACUCCCACAGGCUGCAGCAACAGGAGCAAGACCAGCAUCCAUCUUUGACAGGAAGAAGCAACAAAGAUCAGAAUAUACGAAAACCGAUAAAUCUGGAUACAUGAAAGCAUAUGGUCAGCAAUGAAACGGAGUUAUUUCCCUUGGAUACAAGUAAAAAUAGUCUCAAACCAAAGACACGUAGAACCGGGUGGUUCCUAUGUAAAAACUACAAAGCAGAAGAAGACAAAGUGUAUAGAACCACCCUGGCUAUAGAAACGUCGUGUUUAAGAUCAAACCUUCCUGGAAGUAUACAGACGUGAACGAAUUAAAUUAUGAAAACCAAUUUUAGGAAGAUAAAGACUUCCUAAAUCCAUGUUUUGGAAUUUGUGUGUGAUGGUGAAUUUGGAAGCAACCUUAGUGACGUACAAUGUUUUAUCGACUGUUGCAAUGACGUCAGAUCCGUGUGAAUGUAAAUUAUCGUCUAUUUUGCUCUUGAAGAAAGUCUGUCAGUUUACGGUUUUAAUAUGGCCCUAAUGACGUCAAUUUAAUGUCGUGUUAUAUGACGUCCGUUAUAUCAAUUAUUUUAGUUUUGAUAUAUUGACAAACAUCUGCGUAUAUAUAACCUCACUUACCAUCGGUUAAAGGGGAACAUCUUACAUUUGUGCAAAAUACAAUACAGUUGAGUGAAUAUAUGCGGCUGCAAAUUAAACAUGUGAGGAUAUUUAAAAAAAUAUUGUAAAUAACAGAAUAAUUCAUGGCUAAUUAUAUUAAAACUAUUUUCUUAUUUUCGUGUUGACAAAUAAAAUGAAAGAUGUUUUUAUUUAAGUUUAAAAAAUCUUAUCAGAAAUAAUUCUGUAUAAUUUGUCGACAAAAUUAUUUAACGACAUUGGUAAACAUCAUUAUUUGAAUUAUAAUUAAACGGUUUAAUGUGUUGUGAUAUAUGUUUCUAUGUAUGCUUUUAUAUUUCUAUGCAAAGUUUAUUUAUUUGCCAAUAAAAUAAUACAAGUUUGUUA